GCACAUAUGGCUCUAUCUCCAACUGAAGGCACUCUCCCAUCGUUCUCGUCGACACUAUCACCCUCCGAUUCAACCCCUGUCGCAAACGGUUCCGCGUCGUUGCAGCCUGGCAAUAAUGGACAUGCCCAUCCGCCAGGAGCCACGCUGCAAUUCGACACCGCCGUCUUCAAACAUUAUUUAGAACUUCUGCUAACGGCCGUGGUGGGAUCUUUACCAGAGGAGCUUGAGAGCAUAUGGAAUGAUGAGGAAUGGGAAGCGAAAGUCGAGCGGUUUGCCGAGGACUCCAGCUCGGGAAUGGGUGCUCUGUACGUGGUCAAGAUGCAAAAACCGGCAGAAGAUGACGCCCUUCCGCCCGCAUAUACCUACCAUUUAACUUCGACACUCUCCUAUGACCCUCCUCCUGCAGCAACCUUGGCAUUGAUCAAGCGCCAACCUACGCUCGACUCCUCUAUUCCCCUCGCUCAACAACUGCAUAUGCUCAACUUAUACUCCCCAGCGGAAGGAUCAGCGCCCUACGAGUCGCUGCACUCGCUGGUGCAUCUCGGCGUCGCACCCUGGUUCGACGCAUAUGUUUCGCGAAAAGGCGGUGGACGCGAGCUCAAAGGAGGUGGUGCGCUCACAGGCACGGGAAAGGAGGAUCGGCAAGCCGGUGUACCACUCACGAAGCGCAAGUUCGCCGAACUCGAGCUCAGUCUGCUGCACCUCCAGCAAAACGUAGAGAUUCCUGAAAUCCAUCUUGCCGUCAAUCCUUACAUUCAACGCGCUGUUGAUCAGGCAUAUGCACGAGACGAAAAGCCCACCAUCGACGACCUUCCACCUGACUUGCUCGUCGAUUCAACCUUCCUGAACCGUCUGCAAUCGGACGUGAACUCGUGGAUCAAACAGAUCCAAACAGUGACACGCCUCGACCGCGAGGUGUCAUCUGGAACUGCGUCCCAAGAAAUCAACUUUUGGCUUGGUUUGGAACGCGAGCUGGAACACGUCGACAACCAAUUGAACGACGAUGGUGUGCGCAUGAUCAUGGAGGUUUUGAGGUCAGCCAAGCGGUACCGAGCGACAGUCGGGUUUCAUGCCGACACUGGUCUGAAUGACCAUAUGGCACGAGUACGAAACUACAACAACCUCAUGAAGGAUUUCCCACUAAACGAGCUCUUAUCCGCCACCGACUUGGAUAAGAUCAGCGAUGCGUUAUACCAGAUUUUCUCCCAUCUGAACAAGAAAUUGCGAUUGUCCUCGUACCCAAUCCGACGCGCAUUACCUUUGGUCGAGGCUAUCUCGCGAGAUUUCACGGCUGCGCUCUUGAAUGUCCUUGCUUCUCAUAGGCUCAUGUACCUGCCUUAUGACACCUUUGCACAUAUGAUGACGCAGACUGGGGAGGUAUUCAAGAUGUGGGACGAGCAAGUCAAGGAGUUUACGAAUGUGGCCCGCGAAGUGACCAGAAGGCGGAACGAGCGGUUCAUCCCCAUCAAGAUCCAAGCAGAGCACCUCAAAUUACAAGAACGGAUUGGCUUUCUGCGUGGUUUCAGAGAGAGGCAUGAGCAAUUGAGAGUGAUGACGGCACCUGGGAGGCGUGGUCCGGGAGGUGUCGAGGGUGUGAUGGAUGCGGAGAUGGAAGAAGAAGUACGCGCAGCGUACGAUGGAGUGAGGAAUGUGGAUGUGCUGGAUGUUACUCCAGAAGGAACUGAAAUCUGGGUUCAAGCGGAGACGACAUACAAUGAACGCAUUGCAAGAGUCGAGAAUCAGAUCAUCUCCCGUAUGCGUGAUCGGCUAGGGAUGGCUCGUAACGCUAGCGAGAUGUUCCGUGCCUUCUCCAAGUUCAACGCGCUGUUUGUUCGUCCAAAGAUACGCAGUGCGAUCCAAGAAUAUCAAACGCAGCUCAUUGAGUCUGUCAAAGAUGACAUCCAACAUCUUCAUGCCAAAAUGAGAGGACAAUAUCGCAAGUCUGAAGCAUUCCAUAUGGCCCAAAUGCGCGAUCUGCCUGAGAUUAGCAGCACCAUCAUCUGGGCGAGACAGAUAGAGCGCCAGCUGCGAAUGUACAUGAAACGAGUAGAGGAUGUGCUCGGAAAAGAGUGGCAUCACUAUGCCGAGGGUCAGCGCCUUCAACAAGAGAGCGAAAGCUUCCGAAAGAAGUUGGACGUCAGGAAGGUUUACGAAGCUUGGCUGCACGAAGUCAAUCGGCGGGAUAUGUCCAUCCGCGGAAAGCUAUUCGAUAUCGUCAGGUCGCGAGGCACUGGACUUGGCGGUGGACAACAGUACACCCUUCACGUUAACUACGACUCGCAGACCAUCUCUCUCUUUAAGGAAGUUCGUAACCUUCUAUGGCUCAAUGUGCAAAUACCGCAUGCGAUCAACAAUGUUGCUAAAGAGGCGAAGCGUGUUUAUCCGCAUGCCAUCAGUCUUAUGGAGACGGUGCGAACUUAUGGCCAGACGGUUGAGCUUGUCGAGCGAGAAGAGAACGAACCAGUUGGACCUCUGGUGGCUGAAUAUCGCAUUCAAGCUCAAGAUAUGAUCGCAAGAGGCAUCAACUACAAGUGGGAGUAUUACGUGAAUACGUACGACGCUGCCGCAUUCGGAACUGAAGGCACGGAAAGCAAACAUCUAGCGUACAUCCGUAACUUCGCUACUGGUGUCAACUUGCUCCAAGACAAGACCAAUAAUGCGAUAGAGCUCUAUCGUAAUAUUAACAAGGAGGUGGAAGAGCUCUCGACAUGUGCUUAUUCAACGGAAACAUUCUCUGUGCAUCUUGCGAACAUCCAAGCUAUCAUCGACAAACUCAAUCUUGAAGGAUACGCCAACUUGGAACACUGGGUCACUCAGUUAGACACUCGCAUUGAAGAGAGCUUGUUAAGAAGACUGGAGCGAAUAGUCGAAACAUGGUGUGCGGAGUUUGAUACCUCAGCGGCUGGAAAAGAGGACGAUGCGAGGGCAAGGGAUGGCAAGCGGAGAGGAGACAAGCGAAAGGAUAAUGACAAGGACGGUCAUCUUCGCGUCAAGGCAAUUGUUCAUGAGAUUCGCAUACAAAAUCAGGUGAUCUUCCUCGAUCCACCGAUUGAGUAUGCGAGGGAGAGCUGGCUCCGUCAGCUACAUGAGUGGCUUGGUGUCAUUUGUGGCCUUCGUAGAAUACAUACAUCAAGUUAUGAGAUUAGCCUGCAGACAAUAGGCUCCCAAACGGCCGAUUUGACUUACACGCCAUUGUUACUGCGAUUGGACACCAAAACACUCGAACGACCAUUUACUCUCGUCGAGGCAAAGGUGCAAGAGAUCAAGGACUAUGUCGCCAAAUGGCUUCAAUUCCAGUCACUCUGGGAUGUUGAGCCAGAAGCAGUAUUUGCACGUCUUGGUGAUUCCUUGGCUAGUUGGCAGCAACUUCUCAUCGAGAUCAAGCGCACGAGGGCAACAUUUGACAACUCCGACACAUCACAUUCAUUUGGUAUUUGUACCAUCGACUAUGAGCAGGUGCAGUCAAGAGUUAAUGCCAAAUACGACUCGUGGCAGAAGGACAUCCUCAAUAGGUUCGGUGUGAAACUGGGCAAUGCGAUGAAGGAGAUGCAUGCCAGCAUAACAAAAGCGAGACACGAUUUGGAGAACCAUUCCAUUGAAGGACUGAUGGCAGGCGCCGGCAGUAGGCGCUUCUGACGAUCUUUUGUGCUUUUCUUAUUUUAAGGUGGAGGAGCAUGGGCCUAUAUGACAUACCAUCGUAUAAUAUGCAUACCAGUAACGACCUAUUUCUUCCUUGGAUGUAAUAUGCACG